AAAUUUUGCAAGAGAAACAAAGAGAGUACCCUCUCUCUCACUCUCUCUCUCUCUCUCUCUGUCUCUCUGUAGAAAAUGGAUUGUGACAUGAAGUUAGCGGUCCGCGAAGCAUCCCCCGAACCGACAGAUCUGCUCUCGAAUUCGUGGUGCAGCUCGGCUAUCCAAGUUUUCCACCCGAAAGCGCGGGAUUGCUCGAUGCUGACGCUGACGGAUCAGAAGUCGAUCGCGGAGUUCGAAAGCGACAGAGCAGCUCCUUUAGCAAGAAGCAAUCACAGCUUUACGGUGGAUGAUGCAGAGGCGAAGUCGACUCCGCAGUGGAAGUUCGAUGAUCUAAAGUCGUGGAUAUGGCUACAAAAGGCGAUUCAUCCGGAGCUGGAUUACGAUCUUUGCUUACGAAAGAAAUGGGUAAAUCGAUUUAAGAUCACGCAUUGGAAUGGCAUCUCGAUAAAGAAAUGGGUGACGGAAAUGAAGCAGAAGAGGAAAGAGACGGAGCGGCUGCGGAGAGCUGAGGUGCAUGCAGCUGUAUCUGUCGCAGGGAUCGCAGCUGCUCUCGCGGCGAUUGCGGCAGAGAAUGCUGAACCGGGCCAACCGAGCUCCCUAAAAGAGACUGCAGUCGCGUCAGCAGCGGCGUUGGUCGCAGCGCAGUGCGCGCACGUAGCAGAAGCCACAGGCGCGAAACGAGAGCAGCUCAAUUCCGCUGUAAACGCCGCCAUGACCGCCACCGAUGCGAACAACAUCAUUACCCUCACUGCUGCUGCAGCAACAUCGCUGCGAGGCGCGGCGAUACUGAGAGGAAGGACAGGCCACAGGGAGAAAAUAAGAGAAAGUUCGCCGACGCUUUUGUACGAUGAAUUCGACUUCGAUUUCGGAAGGUGCAGGGCAUCGCUGGCGAAGGGCGACGAAAUCCGCGUCACUACACCUGACGGCAAGUGCAGAUUGCGAUUCGUCUCGAUAGUCCUAAACGGAGACGGAAAAAUCAUCUUGAAGAUCAAAAAGAUCAGCAUGCUGACGGCAUUUUCCGCUGCGGAAGAGAGUAUUGUCCACGACUUACAGACCAGCAGCGCAGAAAAGCCGAGGCAGGAAGAAGAUGCAUCUUACGCCGUCGACAUGACGACGAGCAGAGGAAAGAUUGAGCUCAAACUCGACGACUACAUGCUGUACAAGAAGUGGAUUGCGACGAUAAACCACAUGCUGAAGCUGUCCACCACUUUCGGCAGGUUUGAGCUGCAGUCAUGCAGAAAUUGAUCAGCUGGACUUACCAAGUCCUGUUCAGAACUCAAUUUCGGCAGAUAUGAGCUGCAGUCAUGCAGAAAUUGAUCAGCUGUACUUACCAAGUCCUGUUCAGAACUCGAUUUCGCAGUUUAUGACCUUUUCCUAUAACCUGCUCUUCUUUCGCUUUUUUUUUUUUUUUUCCGACUUCAUGACCGGUGGUUGAACACGGUGAAUAAUACGCGCGGAUGUGAUUUGUGUUUGAAUUCAUGGGUGAAUAGAACUACGACUUUUUGAA